UCUUCUCCGACCACCUCUGCAAAAACCUCUGAUAAACCCUCCGACCGCCCACGAGACACACACAGAGAAGAAAGCGGGGAGGGUGUAAGCAAGCAGAGCAGCAGACAUGGGAGGGAAGAGGCCGGGUGCGGUGGAGGACUACGAGGAGCUCAGGGAGCUCUUCAGGCAUCACAUAGAGUCAUUCGAUCACACCGUGGAGUCCGGUCUUGAGACCAUGUUCCUCGGCAUCAAGCCCGUCGUGGUUACCGACACUUUCACCAACAAGAAGCUCAAAAUUUCGCUGGGUCAUCCCGAGGUAUAUCCACCUCAAAAGGAAGGCAAUUCAAAAGCAAUGUCUAAUCGUUUGCUCCCUUAUGAGUGUAGACAAGCAAGGAUCUCAUAUUCAGGGAAGUUUGCAGCAGAUAUUUGUUUUCAAUAUGAUGAUGGACCAGUUAUACGGGAGAAGAUCAAUCUUGGGCAGUUUCCAAUAAUGUUAAAGUCAAAACUCUGCCAUCUAAGCGAUGCUGAUCCCCAGAAAUUGGUUUCGUGCAAGGAGGAGGCUUCAGAGAUGGGUGGAUACUUUAUAUUAAAUGGGCUUGAGAGAGUUGUUCGGCUUCUAAUAUUGCCAAAGAGGAACUAUCCAAUGAGUAUGCUGCGGAAUUCAUUUCGUGAUAGACAAGACGGAUACACUGAUAAAGCAGUUGUAAUAAGGUGUGUGAGAGAAGAUCAGUCUUCUGUGUCAAUUAAGCUGUACUACCUUCAAAAUGGGAGUGCUAGACUGGGAGUUUGGAUUCAGGGAAGAGAAUAUUUGCUUCCUGUGGCUGUUGUAUUAAAGGCACUUGUCGAUACCUCCGAUCAUGAAAUCUAUGCAAGUUUGACAAGCUGUUCCACUGAGAAACAUGAGAGGGUGAAGGGUGCUGUUGGCACUCAGCUUGUAGGAGAAAGAGCAAAGAUAAUUCUCGAUGAACUUCGAGAUUUGGCUCUUUUUACCAGACAACAAUGCCUUCAACAUAUAGGAGAGCACUUUAAAGCGGUCAUGAAUGGACUGGAAAAUGCUAGUUCUGAUGUUGUUGGAAAGGCUAUGCUGAAGGACUACAUAUUUGUUCACCUUAAUAAUAACUAUGAUAAGUUCAAUUUACUCAUCUUUAUGGUGCAGAAGCUUUUCUCUCUUAUUGAUCAGACAUCAAUAGCAGAUAAUCCAGAUGCUUUGCAAAAUCAGGAAGUCUUACUUCCUGGCCACCUAAUUACAAUCUAUCUCAAGGAGAAACUAGAGGAUUGGCUCCAAAAAGGUAAAAAGCUCCUCCAGGAUGAGAUCAACAAGACGAGCAAAAACUUUGACUUCUGCAGCUUGAAAGAUGUAAAGAAGGUCAUUGAAAAAAACCCAAGCAAGAAUAUUGGUGCUGCCAUAGAGAAUAUGUUGAAGACUGGAAGGCUGGUUACUCAAACCGGAUUGGAUUUACAGCAGAGAGCAGGUUAUACAGUUCAAGCAGAGAGGCUUAAUUUCCUUCGUUUUCUUUCGCAUUUCCGUGCUGUACAUCGGGGUGCUUCUUUUGCUGGUAUGCGAACUACAAGUGUCCGAAAGUUGUUACCUGAAUCUUGGGGUUUUCUCUGUCCUGUGCACACACCUGAUGGAGAACCUUGUGGCCUGCUGAAUCACAUGACUCGUGCCUGUCGGAUAGCAUCAUUCUUUGAUACAAAAGGGAAUAUCAGAGAUUUCUUUAAAAUUAGAAAAUCUAUCGUGGAUAUUCUCAUUGCUGUUGGAAUGACUCCUUCACUACCGAAGCUUGUCCUAGCUGGUCCUCCGGAAGUUAUUCAUGUCCUUUUGGAUGGUCGUGUUGUUGGCUUUGUGCCCUCUGCUGAGAUUGAGAAAAUCGUGGCUUAUUUGCGGAGAUUAAAACUAUCCACUACUUCUUUGAUUCCUGAUGAUCUUGAAGUAGGAUAUGUUCCUUUGAGUUUUGGUGGAGCAUAUCCUGGUCUAUAUCUCUUUACAAAUCCAUCAAGAUUUGUACGGCCUGUUAAAAAUAUUGCAGCAGCAGAUGAAAGUCAGAAUAUUGAGCUUAUUGGUCCAUUUGAACAGGUAUUUAUGGAAAUUAAGUGUCCUGAUAGUGGAGAUGGAGGACGGAGAAGUGAAUUUCCAGCAACUCAUGAAGAAAUCCAUCCAACUGUAAUGCUCAGUGUUGUAGCUAAUCUGACGCCUUGGUCAGAUCAUAAUCAGAGCCCACGAAAUAUGUAUCAGUGUCAGAUGGCAAAACAAACAAUGGCCUUCUCUUCACAAGCAAUUCGCUUCCGUGCAGAUCAAAAGCUGUAUCAUCUUCAGACUCCUCAAACUCCCAUAGUACGUACAAAGACGUAUACAAAGUACUGCAUAGACGAAUUCCCAACGGGAACAAAUGCAAUUGUUGCUGUGCUGGCUUAUUCUGGAUACGAUAUGGAGGAUGCCAUGAUCUUAAACAAGUCAUCAGUAGAACGCGGGAUGUUUCAUGGACAAAUAUACCAGAUGGAAACCAUUGACCUGGCUGAGCAAAGCAGAAGAUCCAACCGGACACAAAGAUCAUUUAAAAGAAGCAAUAUUGAUAGAUCCAACAAAUCUCGGAUUGAUGCUGAUGGACUCCCAUUUAUUGGUCAGAUGAUUCAUCCUGGUGAGGCCUACUGUAGCAUCUACGAUGAUGUGGCUGAGAAGACCAUAACUCGUGUAAAAAAGGGCACGGAGUCUGUUUAUGUGGACUACGUUGCCAUCGAUGGGAAAAAACAGAAAAAUCUUGAAAAGGCGAAUAUCCGGUUUCGGCAUCCUAGAAAUCCAGUGAUCGGUGACAAAUUCAGCAGCAGGCACGGGCAAAAAGGUGUUUGCUCACAGUUGUGGCCCGAUAUUGACAUGCCCUUUUCUGGAACAACAGGAAUGCGCCCCGAUUUAAUUAUAAACCCGCAUGCUUUUCCUUCACGAAUGACCAUUGCUAUGCUCAUAGAGUCCAUUGCUGCAAAGGUAGGAAGCUUAAAUGGUGAGUUUGUUGAUGCGACUCCGUUUGCUAGCUCGGUGAAGGACCCAAAAGGAGAGUCUGUAUCUGAAUCAGAGUCGCUUGUUGAUCAGAUUGGUUCUAGGUUGCGGAAGCAUGGUUUUAAUUACCACGGUGUUGAGGUACUAUACAGUGGAGUUUAUGGAACAGAACUCCCGUGCGAGAUCUUCAUUGGACCCGUUUAUUAUCAACGUCUAAGGCACAUGGUAUCCGACAAGUUUCAGGUUCGGUCGACUGGCACCAUAGACCAAGUGACUCGACAACCCAUCAAGGGAAGGAAGAGGGGUGGGGGUAUCCGUUUCGGUGAGAUGGAGCGGGACUCCAUGCUUGCUCAUGGAGCGGCGUAUUUACUACACGAUAGGCUCCACACAUGCUCUGACUACCACACAGCUGAUGUGUGUUCCAUCUGCGGAAGCAUCCUCACGACCACAUUCAUUCAGCCCCAGCAGCGCGCAGUCCGGCAGAUUAGUGGGCUCCCACCUGCCCGGGCCCCGAAGAAGGUCAUGUGCCAUGCAUGUCAAAUGAGCAAAGGGAUGGAGAAGGUUGCUAUGCCCUACGUCUUCAGAUACCUGGCCGCUGAGCUAGCUGCUAUGAAUAUCAAGAUGACACUUCAUUUAAGCAACGGAGCCGGGGCAUGAUAUUAUGGUCCCUUGCUAGAUAUGUUCAAACAAUUUGGGCCGAGUAGGAAAAGUACCAAUCUCUCUUCAAAAAUGGGGUAAAUGGGAUCCCGGUAUGAUAUCUCGAAGGUCAGGUAAGUAAUCUUCCUUGGGCAAAGGUUUGUGCUGCCGUUACUUUGACACACAGCUAUUCAUUCUUCUUCUUGUAUUUCAGUUUUGAUAGUAACAGUUGGGAAAUUUUUCCUCAGUGUGUCGGGUUUGUGUUGCUUGCCCGGGCUGAAAAGUUUAUAGGUGUAAUACGUUCUGAGAAGUCCUUGGUAAGCUAUUAUUAUAUGGGGUGAAAAUGUACAAUGUAGAAAGCAAAUGUUAUGUAAUAUUUAUUAUUUACCAUCA